UUCCUAAACUUUGGCUCAUUGUCAUCCCUUCUCUUCCUCUUUUUCUAUCUGCAUCGGCCGUGUUGUUUCCUGAAGCCCUAAAAACCCUUCUCUCCAAGAUUAUGCUCAUCUUUAGUUGUUUCUCUGUUUCGAUUGGUCAACAGCUUCUACAUCCACUUGUAUCAAUCCUUCUCACAUGAGCUUCGUGGCGUGGUUGCAGGCACUUUUCUGAUUUCAAGGAUGGUUUUUGUUCAAUUGGAGCUUCCGUGUCCUAAAUCUUGUCCGGUUAUUGCUGCGGCUGAUCCUCAGCCACAAUGGACUCUCAGGGAUCUCCUUUUAGAGAUCAACACAUUGGAGUUGCAGCUUGGGAACUCUUCUUCUACUCUGGUGCGUUUGAAGGAAGGCAUGCACUCGUUAAUGGUGGUGAGCCUUUCAUAAUGCGCAUAUCUGAUGAGGGUGUUGAGGAUUUUGAUAGUGAUGAUGGAGAGAGGUUUGAUGAGAGUCUAGGGAAAGGCACUCGAUUUUCCUGUGCUGAUCUUGAUUUGAGUGACUUAGAAAGUUCCGAGGAUGAGGGAUAUCUCAAGAUCACACCUCAUUUGGUGCAUAAGAAAGGUCCUGAGGACAGCAUCUUAUUUGAAUAUGAACGUGAGCGUGAGAUAAAAGUUAAGGAAGUUGUCAGGUGUAAAUUAUCUUCUUUGGAGGCAAGCUUAAGCUCUGAAAAUGGAUUGUCUUCUGCCUUAAUUCGUGUUGCAAAUGGUGUUCAGGCAAGGAUAGAGGCAUAUAUGAAAUUGGAUAAUCAGUAUAAGCGCAAGAUUGCAGAAAUGACGGACAGUCACCUGUCUGCCAUCCAAAGACGUCAUGAACAGAGAUGUCAGAUUGAAGAACGAAGAAUAAGAGAAGAUGCGGCCACUGAAGAAGCCAGAAGGAAAGAGAUAGCUCUCUUGGUUGAACAAGUUCAACAAGAAAAGGCUAAAGUAGAAAGAGAGGCCAGAUUGAGGGCUGUCAAAUUAGCUGAAGAAGCACAGAAGGCAGCCCGGGAAGCUGCAAUAAAGGAAUCGAAAGAAACUGCGGAAAAAGAAGCUGUUAGAGCUACAGAAUUUGUAGCUGAAGCUCUGCAUAAUCAUAUCACAGAAAAAAUUCGAGUCUCCCCUUCAAAAGUUUCUAACAAUAUUGUAUCCAAUGUAGACAAAGGCAUAAAAGUUCUCGCUGCAGAUAACGCAUUAAAAGUUGAGGAGAGCAGAAUAAAAUUCUAUGAUGAAGUGGCUCAAGAAAUGAUGUUGAACUCCAAUGAGGAGUUUGAUAGAUGUGGGCGACAAAUUAGCAAGCUUUUGAGACAAAUAAAUAGAACUCAACAGAAAGUCAGAGCUGUUUCAGUUGCUCUCUUUGGCAUCAUUGAUGGUCCUCAGUGCCCACGGCCCAUAUCUUGUUUGUUAGUUGCGCAAAAGGUUGUUUCAUUAUGUGAGAACCCAAAUGCAAGUUUUGAUAGCACUGCUUUUGCAUGGGGACAUGUUAUUCUCAGCGUCACAUCACAGGUCCCAGCUGUAAUGGAUCUGCUGAUUGCUGCCUUGCAUAAGGCCUGCAUUUACACUGUUCCAAAGCAUUUGCAACCUACAGAAGUGAGUCUUUGA